UAGGUCUGCUUCCUGUUUCCGGCUUCCUCUCCCAGUCUCCUGAAGCUGUUGGGGAGGCUGGUGCUUAGAGACGGCGCGAGAGUGGAGCAGCAGCAUGGCAACAGCCGCGGCUACUAAGGUCCCUGAAGUUCGGGAUGUCACCCGGAUUGAACGAAUUGGUGCCCACUCCCACAUUAGAGGGCUUGGCUUAGAUGAUACGUUGGAACCCAGACAGGUGUCCCAGGGCAUGGUAGGCCAAUUGGCUGCCCGUCGAGCUGCUGGCGUGAUCUUGGAGAUGAUCAAGGAGGGCAAAAUUGCUGGCCGGGCUGUCCUGAUUGCUGGUCAGCCAGGCACAGGGAAAACUGCCAUUGCCAUGGGAAUGGCACAGGCACUGGGCCUUGACACGCCUUUCACAGCCAUUGCCGGCAGUGAGAUCUUCUCCUUGGAGAUGAGCAAGACCGAGGCACUGACACAGGCCUUCCGGCGCUCCAUUGGUGUCCGCAUCAAGGAGGAAACAGAAAUAAUUGAAGGUGAAGUGGUGGAGAUCCAAAUAGAUCGCCCAGCAACUGGCACUGGUGCUAAGGUGGGGAAGCUGACCUUGAAGACAACCGAGAUGGAGACCAUCUAUGACUUGGGCACCAAGAUGAUCGAGUCACUGACCAAGGAGAAAGUGCAGGCUGGGGAUGUCAUUACCAUUGACAAAGCGACGGGGAAGAUCACCAAACUAGGACGCUCCUUUACCCGGGCACGAGACUAUGAUGCCAUGGGUUCACAGACAAAGUUUGUGCAAUGCCCUGACGGAGAGCUGCAGAAGCGCAAGGAAGUAGUGCACACUGUCUCGCUACAUGAAAUUGAUGUCAUCAACAGUCGCACGCAGGGCUUCCUUGCACUCUUCUCUGGUGACACAGGUGAGAUAAAAUCCGAAGUGCGAGAGCAGAUCAAUGCCAAGGUAGCUGAGUGGCGAGAGGAAGGCAAGGCUGAGGUGAUCCCAGGGGUUUUAUUCAUUGACGAGGUCCACAUGCUGGACAUUGAGUGCUUCUCCUUCCUGAACCGGGCCCUGGAGAGUGACAUGGCACCUGUCCUCAUCAUGGCUACCAACCGAGGCAUCACCAGGAUUCGUGGCACCAACUACCAGAGCCCCCACGGCAUCCCUAUUGACCUGCUGGAUCGUAUGCUCAUCAUCUCGACCUCCCCCUACAGCGACAAGGAGACCAAGCAGAUCCUUAAAAUCCGGUGUGAGGAGGAAGAUGUUGAGAUGAAUGAAGAUGCCUACACAGUCCUGACCCGCAUCGGCUUGGAGACCUCCCUGCGCUAUGCCAUCCAGCUCAUCACGGCAGCCAACCUGGUGUGUCGCAAGAGGAAGGGCACAGAGGUUCAGGUGGAUGACAUCAAGCGUGUGUACUCGCUAUUUCUGGAUGAGUCACGUUCCACUCAGUACAUGAAAGAGUACCAGGAUGCCUUCAUGUUCAAUGAACUCACGGCAGCGAGGAGGUGCAGGAGUGGGGAAAACACUGCAUGCAAGCCUGACUGAAAAGGAAGAGAACUUGACAUGGGGGCUGCAGUCUUUGGUGCAGUCUUGAGUUUCAUGUAUAUACUUUUGCCUCCUAUCCAUCCUGAAAAAUCUUCCAAAAAUGUUCAGUCCCAGCCUGGGCAUGCAAAGUUAUUCAUGGGAUAUGUUCAGUGUCUCCAUAUCCACUGAAAAGUCCAUUGUAUUUCCCAGAAUAACGAUCAUGAUAUUCUGCUCAUAAUUAAAAGGGGCCAAGAAUAGGCCUGGUUUUAUUUUGUUUUCCUGAAUCCUGGUGUAAUGCAUGUGUUGACAAAUUAUGCUAAAGGCUGGGGACCCAGAAAGUCAGUUCUGAGGGUGGGCUGCAGUAGUUAGAGGGCACAGGAUGACUUUCACAGGAUCAGAAUAAGAGAAAACCUGUGGGAUGGGUGUAAAAAGUGUAGGGCGGAGGAUGGAGAAAUAUGAGAACUCUCAAGUGUUGAUUCUUCUGCACAGCUUAGCACAGUCUGCCUCCUCUUCACCCCCUCCUAUUCCUCCCAACCCU